CAUCCUGUGCGGCUUCUAUUCUGAAAAUAAUGUUUCGAAACCAGUAUGAUAGUGAUGUUACUGUAUGGAGUCCGCAAGGACGACUGCACCAAGUCGAGUACGCAAUGGAAGCGGUUAAGCUUGGAACUGCAACUGUUGGGUUAAAAAAUCGUGAUUUUGCUGUUUUGGUUGCCCUUUCCAAACCAUCGUCGGAGCUGUCAGCUUCUCAGCGUAAGAUUAUUCCUAUUGAUGAUCACUUGGGAAUAUCCAUCGCUGGCAUAACUGCUGACGCUCGUGUGAUUAGCAGAUACUUACGUUCUGAGUGCUUAAGUUACAAGCAUUCUUACGGCUCGACUUAUCCGGUAUCUCGUUUGAUUACAAAUCUUGGUAAUAAGAUGCAAACGACCACUCAACGGUACGAUCGACGUCCCUACGGAGUGGGCCUUCUUGUUGGUGGCUAUGAUGAAAAGGGGCCUCAUAUAUAUCAAGUCACACCGUCUGCGACUUUUUAUAAUUGCAAAGCUAAUUCUAUUGGGUCCCGCUCACAAAGUGCACGUACAUAUUUGGAGAGAAAUCUGGAUACAUUUUUAAACUGUUCGAACGAUGAAAUUAUAUGCCACGGAAUAUCAGCGAUUCAUGGCUCCUUGCCCACAGACGAAAUGCAGAGUAGAAAUGAGAGUGCAUCUCAAUUGAAUAUCACAAUUGCCAUUGUCGGCAAAAAUCAGCCGUUUAAAAUUCUCUCUGAAAAAGAAACCCAGAUAUAUCUAACAAUGGCUUCAGAGAAAGGGGCUCCUCCCGCUAAUCAACCUUAUGAUGAUGAUGAAAGCACAUCGCAGGCAGGUCCAUCAACCUCUGGACCUAGAGACCCAAUCGUAGCUGUCGCAACGGAGGAGUAGAUUUUUGAGAGCAUAUAUGUCUUUAUAAAAGCAUUAAAUAAAUGGUGAAUAAAUUCAAAAAUAUCAUUAA